AUGGCAGGUCUUGCAACCGGCUGCAUCAUCUUCAUCCCUAUCGCCCUGCGCAUCGGCCGUCGACCUGUUUAUCUCGUUACGUCGUUGAUUAUGUUUGGUGCUGGGGCGUGGCAAGCUGAGACGCAUACUGUUGGGGAUAUGAUCGGUAUGAAUACUAUCGCAGGUAUCGCUGGAGCUGUCAAUGAGGCCUUGUUCCAGGUUACGGUCACGGAACUUUUCUUCGUCCAUCAACGUGGUACAAUGAACGGUAUCUACUUCAUGAUGGUCCUGGUAGGGAACUACCUUGGACCUGUCUACGGUGGCCAAGUCGCCGUGACAAUGGGCUGGCGCUGGGCUUGCUGGUCCGCCACCGUUUUCACCGGCAUCGUCACCGUCCUCAUGUUCUUCUUCCUCGAAGAAACAAAGUACAUCCCCGCACCGCUCAACGGCCACGACCCUCGAGUCACCACAUCCUCACCCACCGAUAACGAGUUCUCCAAGAUUAACAGCACCGCAAAGACACCCUUGCCAAACGAUUCACCAGCCAGCGUCGACUCUAUGGACCAGCAGAGUGAUACUGUUGAGAUAGAUCACAGCAUUCCGAUGAACUCUUACUGGAAGCGCCAUGCCCUUUUGACAUUGGAUAAGCAUGAGUCCACUCAGAAGCGAACGUUCUGGAGAGACGUUUACGAGCCUUUCCAACUCCUCGCCACAUUUCCAGCUGUGAUGUUCGCCGCGUUGCAGUAUGGCUGGAGUAUUGCCAUGCUCGCCAUUCUAGCAGUGACACAAAGUUCACUCUACUCCAUUCCGCCGUAUAACUUCACAGCUGCAGGUGUUGGAAACAUGAAUAUCCCUCCAUUCAUCGGUGCAAUCCUGGGAGCCAUCUUUGGAGGACCACUCGUUGACUGGUCCAUUGUGCAGAUUGCGAAACGCCGUGGGGGUAUCUAUGAGCCCGAGACGAGAUUGUGGCUAUUCCUGGUUCCUGGGUUAUCCAUGACUAUCGGAUGUCUCAUGUAUGGACUCACCAUUGCCAAGGGAAUGCCUUGGAUCAUCAAUGCUGUAGGCGCAGGCUUCAUCGGUUUCGCCAUUGGAGGCGGCGGAGAUAUGUCCCUCACAUUCCUUCAGGAUUCUCACGAACAUGCAAGUUAUCCCAACUCCAAUCGUCCUGCUAUGGUCUAA